CUGCCUGCCCUUGCGCCUGCGUACUACGGUCCCUACCCGUCGCUGCGGCCGGGAUCGGGAAGUGUCAAGCGGGAGCUGGGUUCCCCCACCUGCGCUCCUGCCACCGCUGAUCCCGGACCCCCUAGCCAGGCCCGGGCUCAGCCGCCAUGACGAACGUGUACUCCCUGGAUGGGAUUCUGGUGUUCGGUUUGCUCUUUGUGUGCACCUGUGCCUACUUCAAGAAAGUUCCUCGUCUCAAAACCUGGCUGCUAUCAGAGAAGAAGGGAGUGUGGGGUGUGUUUUACAAAGGUGAGCGCCUAUCUGCCCAGGAGGGGGGGACUGCCGUCUCUGGACAGUGGGGUGCAGCAAGCUGCUGUGAUUGGAACCAGGCUGCAUGCUGCUGUGGCGGUCACCUGCGUCCUCAUGGCCUUUUAUGUCCUGUUUAUAAAAUGAAUUCCAAAGCAUCCAUCUCAUCAACUGCCAACCAAGGGGACGAGGGUGAAGAACCUGGGGCCUGAACCCAGCGUAGGAGAGUGCAGCUAAAAUCAUCAAAGUCACCAGGAUGACACCACAGCACCUGCCCCUCCCACAUGUGGGGAAAACUCAUGGUUACAAACAUUAGUCAUGCUUCAGGGGACUCCAGAAAGCCAUUAUCCUUACAUCAGUCCUCGGCAGACAGCACAUAACGUCCAGAUAAAUUGCACCCCUGGGUGAUAACAUUACAUACCUCCUGCCUAAAAACCUGUCACCUGUUCUGUUCCUCAGCCCUUGUCAGGAUCUUUUCAAAUGGAGGCUCAUUAGGGAAGGAAUAAGCUGUAUUCAGAUCUCUUGGAAGGAGAUAAUUUUCAAGACUUGACUUUUUUUUUUUUUACUGUUUUGAUUUAGAUUUGGCAAACUGGAGGAAAGUGGGGGGGACUGGGUAGGAAACAGGAGUUGUACCAUGCCAAGAAAUGUUUGGGCUUUGGAAAUUUAUCUUUCAUAUAUCCAUCUGGCAGUGUAAGAAAGAGAACAUGGCCCUCACUGCAAAGAGAGCAUGAAAGCACUAUGCUGUGUGCUGGAGAGGUUGCCAAGGUAUGACCGGGGCCUCCAUAAGACGUGGGAUUGUCUGUCUGUGGUGAGACCGGAAAGCAGGAACUCACAAGAAAUAAGGUUUUGUUCACCAGUAUCCCCAAGAGGAGACUUCACCCCAACAAAUGGUAUAUGAAAAUGAAUCCACUGUCUGUUUUCCUAAAGCCUUUUUAUAUUUUCUAAAUUACUGACUGCUACAUGCUGUUACUCAAUUUUAAAUGCCACCACUAGGGAAAAGAGAAACGAUUGAAGAAAUAAUUAUUUAAUAUAUUUGCAGCUAGGGUAGAAGAAAUAUAUCUAGUAUAUUAGUUCAUAUUACUAGUAAAGCUGUCUAGUAUAAAUUGAUUGUGAUGUUAAAUGGAAGUUUUAUCAUGUUAUCCAAGAUACAAACUUAUUCUUUGUUUAAAUCUGGUUUAUUAUGGCAAUUUUUAGUCGAUUACUUGUUUUUCUUGGCCAACUCUUAAUUUUAUUCAUAGUAAAACCCUCUUUAGCUGUCCCUUGUAAAUCCUGUAUUAUAAGAACAUGAGAAAUUCAAAUGAGUGAGAGAAGUUGCUGAUAUUCAUAGGCAUAUUUGAACAAUUCAUAGAAUCCAUGAAUAAAAUGAGGGUGACAACAUUUGAAGGGAAGAUUUCUCCAUUCCCUCCUCGUCUCAGCAAAAGGAUCCAAUGUUUUAUUUUUGAAGCCUAGAACUUCUUUAUUUUUAAAAAAGUUGGUCUAAAAUUGUAAAAAGCAGGCAUGGACAUAGUUCUACCAUGAGAAUGGACAUAGGUCUACCAUGGAUUGUCCAUGAGAGCAAAACUUGACUGUGGACAAAGUAAUGGUGGUUGCCCCUGUGUGACAGUAAGUUGUCUUUUGUCUUUCUCCAAAAGGACAGAAGCUGCUAGGAACUUUAGGUUCUAAAAUAGGCAGUUUAGUCUUUGAGGAUUUCUCAAAGUACAGAAAGUCAUCACGUAAACACUACAUGUCGAAUCAUCUCAGAGUUGUGGCUGUUGUCUCUUCAGGAAUUGGUCCACAGGGUAACAUUUCAAUGAUUCAUAUGUUUUCAGUGGUCAUUUCUGAGGAUCUCACAUGAAAGAAAGGAAAAGGGAAAGAAGAGCUACCCCUCGUGGGUGUGAGUUUGGAACCUGUCGGCCACCAGGGGUGUCACUCCCUGGAAAUACAAGUUCAGCAUGUUUGCACUUGUUCCUGUGUAGCUUUAAUGACUUUUUUUUCUAAUAGGGCUAAUGUCUCUAAGCUUUGUGCUUAGAGCUGUUUCAGAUUUUAAACUAGUUCCAUUUCACUGUUCUAGUUAUUCAAACCAUUUUUUUACAGCCUCCUGGGUGGGUCAUCUUAACUCUUGAAUUAUAAUAUUUUGAGAUAUUUUCAUUCCAGAAUGUACCAAAAAGUGCACAGAGUGAAGGCAAUUUACAGCAAAACAAAACAAAACACACAGCUUAUUUCAUUUGACUUUAUAUAUGCAGAUAAGCAGAAACCUGUUUAACUCAUUACUUGAUGUGUCAUAUUUUUUGACUGAAAAUUAAUAGAAGUGGUUCCUCUAAGAGGGUCUUUUAGAGGUGGGAGAAUGGGGAUAGCAGUAUCGCCCCAGACUCUUACUGGCAUCACCAUAAAUUCUGUAUGCCAGGGUGGCGUGAAGUCAGCUUUUUAUAGUUGAAAUACAAUUUUUUAUUCACCAUUGUCUGCACAAAUUCUUGAAAAUAAAAUUUCUUUCCCUAC